AGAGAGAGAGAGAGAGAGAGUGGGGAGAGCUUGUGGUUUGAGGUGUGUCAGACACACUUGUUGAUGCAGAGAAUCAACAUGGCUGCUCCCAGCAGCAGGGGGACCAGACUGUUUAAGACCCUCCUGAACCACUGCAGAACCCAGGGACCAUGUCAGACCCGGACUGGACCGGGACAACACAGGUUUCUGACCUCCCUGCCACCGGCUCCCCCAUCGGUCACCUGGAGCUCCGAACUGUCUCGGCUGUCCCACGGGGAUCUGUACCGGCUCUCGGUAACUGAUCCGGAUCAUUUCUGGGGAUCAGCCGCAGCCGACCGGCUCCGCUGGGUCGAACCGUUCCACCGGGUUCGGGACUGUGAGCUCAGCAGCGGGAAAAUCAGCUGGUUCCUGGGAGGGAAGCUUAACGUGUCUGUGAACUGUCUAGAUGUUCAUGUUGAGAAACAUCCAGAGCGAGUGGCUCUGAUCUGGGAGCGGGAUGAGCCUGGUACUGAGGUGAAGGUUACCUACAGAGAGCUGCUGGAGACAACCUGCCGCCUGGCCAACACCCUCAAGAACCAUGGGAUCCAGAAAGGGGACAGAGUUGCCAUUUACAUGCCAGUGUCACCACUGGCAGUGGCGGCCAUGUUGGCUUGUGCCCGUAUUGGAGCAGUGCACACUGUGGUGUUUGCCGGCUUCAGCUCAGAGGCUCUCGCAGGCAGGAUACAGGACGCUCAGUGUAAAGCUGUGAUCACCUGUAACGAAGGUGUGCGGGGUGGCCGACGGAUUCCUUUGAAACCGACAGUGGACGCGGCGGUGAAGAGCUGCCCGACUGUCCGAAACGUGUUUGUCUCUCAUAGGACAGAAACUCCUACUUCCAUGGGAGAGCUGGACAUCCCCCUGGAGGAGGUGAUGGCCCGUCAGUCUGCAGUCUGUCCUGCGGAGCCUCUGGACAGUGAAGAUCUGCUGUUUCUUCUGUACACUUCAGGCAGUACAGGGAAACCUAAAGGCAUCGUCCACACGCAGGCUGGGUACCUGCUGUACACCUCACUCACACAUCAGUACGUGUUUGACUAUCGGGAUGGUGAUGUGUUUGGCUGCGUGGCAGAUGUAGGAUGGAUAACAGGACACAGCUACGUUGUGUACGGCCCGCUGUGUAACGGCGCCACCACUGUCCUGUUUGAGAGCACACCUGUUUAUCCAAACCCAGGCAGGUACUGGGAGACAGUGGAGCGUCUGAAGAUAACUCAAUUUUAUGGAGCUCCCACCGCUCUACGUCUGCUGCUUAAGUACAAUGAGAGCUGGGUGAAGAAAUACGACCGCUCGUCCCUGAGGACGCUUGGUUCAGUUGGAGAGCCUAUCAACAAUGAGGCCUGGCACUGGUUCCAUGAUGUGGUUGGAGAUGGACGGUGUCCUUUAGUGGACACCUGGUGGCAGACAGAGACUGGCGGAGUCUGUAUCGCCCCUCGACCUUCAGAGGAAGGAGCGCCGAUUGUCCCAGCAAUGGCCAUGAGGCCAUUCUUUGGCAUCCAGCCGGUUCUCAUGGGAGAGAAGGGUGAGCCUCUCUCUGGAAACUCUGUCAGUGGCGCUCUGUGUAUCAGUCAGCCAUGGCCGGGAAUGGCUCGAGGCAUCUAUGGAGACCACCAGAGAUUCGUUGAUGCGUACUUCAAACCGUAUCCUGGUUGUUAUUUUACUGGUGAUGGAGCAUACCGGACAGAGGAUGGUUACUACCAGAUAACUGGCCGGAUGGACGAUGUCAUCAACGUCAGUGGCCAUCGCCUCGGUACGGCAGAGAUAGAGGAUGCUCUGGAUGAACAUCCAGCGGUUCCAGAAACAGCUGUGAUUGGUUUCCCACAUGACAUCAAAGGAGAAGUACCAUUUGCCUUUGUGGUUCUGAAGGAGGAGUUUGCUGACGACCCCUUCGCCGUCCUUCAGCAGCUCAGAGAACUUGUGGCCACAAAGAUCGCUAAAUAUGCCGUCCCAGAGCACUUCCUGGUGGUGAAGCGUCUGCCGAAAACUCGUUCUGGGAAGAUCAUGAGGAGGAUCCUCAGGAAGGUUGCCAUGGAGACAACUGGACCAGGUGACCUUGGUGAUGUGUCAACUCUGGACGAUGCCUCUGUCGUCAAUGAGAUCAUUCAGGCCCACGAGCUCUACAGGAAGCAGAGAGGAAAACAGUAGUAGAAGAAGAAGAAGCAGUAGCACGGAGGAUGAACAUCGUGUCCUUACAAACUGUUUGGAACACUGGGAAGAGUUGGGAUGGGCCAGUAUAGAUUACAUCGUCAUUUCUCAAGUAGAACUAACGACGUUCAGAGACAGCACAUAUCAAGGUGCUGCAGUCCAAGUAAGAAAUCAACAUUUGCAAGUUGUUUUUCCAGACGUUCAAUUCAGGAAAACAUGGAUGCCUGUCGAAAACAUACAGAAUGUAUGUAUGACAAGUCUUUGAACUUCACAACACUGCGAAAGCUAAUUUACAAGUUAGCACAAUUUAGAGACAUGGGAGAGGAGUAGUACCAUUAUGCUCUUGCAAGCACAAAUUUGUUGGAUGAAAACUGCAGAACAUUUCACAACACAAACAGCACAAUAAGUAGCCUAAGAUUAUUCUGCAAUCUGUUCUCUGUGUAUCACUGUGACGUUAAUGUGUGUUAAUGUUGAUCAACUGGGACUAAAGAGAUCUUGCAGGAGUUUUUUAUUUUAACAGCUGUGACAUAUACAUUCAGUAUUUUUCACUGAUUGUAACAAUGACUUAAUCAUGAGAUUAAAUAAUGUAUUAAUUCCAGAUUUUUUAUGAUUACAAUGUUUUCUAAUCAAUUAAAAGUGUAAGUCCUACAAGCUCUGAAUCAAGUUUGAUAAUAUCUGCUUGUAUUGCAGAAGUCUUUUUAUUUGACGCGUACAUUUUUUGUAAACAGAUAUUACAGAUAAGCAUACAUAGUUUGCUGCUGACUUACAGUGGAUCUGAUCAAACACAAGUAAUAAACUUUUACUGAUGAAUAAAUACUGUUAUCUGUGUUUUUAACUUGAUAAGAAACAACAAAAUAAAACCUUUUGAAUCAUUAAAGCUGCUUUGAGGAA